UUAGAUGUGUUAAAGUAUUUGACCCGUUUGGACUGUCCAGUUCUGCUCCUGCAGUUACUAAUAUGUUCUAUUAUCCAGACGCAAGUUAUUAUUAGUGUUUUUUUUUCGAAAGGUGUUUGAAAUGACCGACUAAAUUACAUUCAUAUAAAUAAAUUAGGUCUACUGGAUAAUACUGUUUCAAUCGAAGAUGUUGUCGUCCUUAAGACAAGCUUUAUCAUCUGUGGCAAGACAAAAUUCACGUUUGUUACACCGAUCUACUGCAGCGAACAGUGGUGCAAUUUUUAACCAUGUUGAUACUCCUGAAAACAACGCUAACACUCCAUUUGAUUUUACCAAGAAAAAUUAUGAAAGAAUAGAGGCAAUAAAGGCAAACUACCCCGAAGGCCACAAAGUAGCAGCUGUCAUGCCCAUCUUGGAUCUAGCCCAACGUCAACAUGGUUGGCUCCCAAUAUCUGCGAUGAACAAAGUAGCAGAGUUGUUAGAUGUCCCACCUAUGCGUGUUUAUGAAGUUGCUACAUUCUACACCAUGUACAACAGGAACCCAAUUGGUAAAUACCAUCUUCAACUAUGCACAACUACUCCAUGUAUGCUGUGUGGCUCUGAUGGAAUCCUUGAAGUAAUUCAAAAGAAAUUGGGAAUAAAAGUUGGAGAGACCACCAAAGAUGGCUUGUUUACACUCAUGGAGGCGGAAUGCUUGGGUGCUUGCGUCAAUGCUCCGAUGAUACAAAUAAAUGACAUGUAUUAUGAAGAUUUAAAACCAUCUGACAUGGAGGAAAUAUUGGAUGACCUUACCAAUGGAAGAGAACCAAAACCUGGUCCAAGAAGUGAAAGGUUUGCCUGCGAACCACUAGGAGGUCUCACAUCCCUCACAGAACCUCCUACUGGUCCUGGGUUCGGAAUUCGCACUGAUCUGUGAUGUCAUAACAUACAUUGUGAUGUCAUAGUUUAAGGAACUUAUCCUGUGUGUUUUGACUCUUUCUACAAUUCCCCCUUUCUUUGUGCUCCAAAAUUUUGGCGAAAUAAAUUUAUUUAUGAUGAAAA